CGCGAGGCCAGAGAAGAACCGUUACGGUGGUUCCGACGCUGACCGGGUGACAAAAUGCCGGUUUGCAACUUCUUCCUUCAGGGACGAUGUCGUUACGGAGAAAAAUGUUGGAAUGAACACCCAAGAGGAGGGAACAGAGGAGGAGGAGGAGGAGGAGGAUACGACAACCGCUCCUCCGGUCAACAGCAGUCCAGAGGAGGAGGAGGGUUUGGAAACAGAGUUUGGGUGAAUCCUUCCCAGCAAAAAGGAGCCUAUAUCCAACCUUCAUCCUUCUCCUCUCAUGGAAGUGAUGACUGGGGUCGUGGAGGAGGUGGAGGAGCCGACUGGGGCCGGGGCAGAGGAGGAGGAGGAGGAGGAAGUGAUUGGGGUAGAGGAGGCGGUGGAGGGAGACGAGAUAAUGUCAAGAGCUCCGAAUUCAGUUUUUCUAAUCAAAACAAAUAUUCAGCACUUGGCACCUCCAACACCUUUGACAGAGGAGGAAGGGGAGGAGGAGGAGCAGGUGGAGGAGCAGCAGCAGCUGGCGAUGAAGAUGAUGACAAAAAACUGGAGAUCAUUCAGAUGGACAUGGACAGUUGGGAGAGUUCAGGGCAGUGGGGCUUCUCCUGUUAUUCUAGCUUCAAGACAUCUCUGUCUGGUUUCACUGAUCUUUCACCAGAGGAGCUCAGGCUAGAAUACUACUCCACAAGAGCUUCAGGAGAGCUGCAGAGCUAUCUCAAUGGUGUCAAUCAGUUGCUCAGCCAGUGGAAAAACCGAGUCCAGGAACUGAAGAUUAUGAGUCCAGCCACUCGUGCAGCAUUGCUUGCAGAAUUAAAUGGUGCAGCACCUCAGACAUCUUCAAGUGGCUUUGGUUCCACAACAGGGACUGGGUUUGGAUCUUCUUCAUCCAGUUUCGGAAGCAAAGGCUUUGGAGCCCCAGCCCAGGCCAGCAGUUACACCUUUGGAUUUGGGUCCUCAGCAGCACCAUCAUCAUCCUCAUCAGGUUUUGGCAGUAACUUAGGACCUUCUCCAGACCCUCCCUCUGGGUUUGGCGGCUCGUCUGCAUCCUCCUCUGUGCCCUCUGCUUCAACUUUCUCCUUUGGAGCUGCGACCACCGACAAACCAGCAGCCACUUCAGGAUUUGGAUCAGCCUCUGGGUUCAGCUUCUCCUCUACAGCAAACGCUGGAGGAGGAUUUGGGAGCGUCGCAGCAGGAAGCAGCAGUACUUUUGGACAGACGAGUGGAGGAUUUGGGGCAACUGCUGCUGCAUCGGCGGCAGGAGCCGGCUCUGCUGCAGAGGCAUCAGAUAGCCUGUUUUCACCUGAGAGCAAACUGACUCAAGAAGAACUGAAUCAGUUCAAGGCUAAGAGAUUCACUCUCGGCCAGAUUCCACUAAAGCCUCCCCCUGCUAACAUGUUAGUGGUGUGAUACUGUGGGAGGAGCUCACAAGAUUUUUGAAAUAUAAGGUAAUUUAUACAAGGUGAAGAUUUCCGUCUGCAUAGUGCUUCUCUUUAGGUGUGGCUAAUGUUUAAAUACUUCGGAUCAGCUUUGCUAGGGAAAUCUCGCUUUGCCUUUAUUUAAGAUUUUUGUUUGUAUCCAAAGUACACUUUAAGUGCAGUUGUCAAAUACACAGUACAUAUUUUGAAUGUUGUCUUUUGACAUAUGAAGUUCUAUUUUUAAGUCAGGGAACGAAUUUAAACUUAGAUUGCUACGCUUUUGUUUGGCUGUUUUACUUUUUCCUAUUUGUGAAAAUGUUGACAGUAAACUGAUCAGUUGAUGAGCAAGGUUUUUUAAGGAUUUAUCUGCAUUUUGUCAUUAACAUAUUAGUUGCAACAGAAUAAUAUAAAUAUGCUUUGAACUUUGUUGGAAACUCAUUAAAUAAAGAUCAGGCAUUUUAGACGUAAUGUCCUCUUGUGUAUAAAUGUAUUUCACUGAAUGUUUCAUGUGAGAUCAAUACAAUUUCCUCAAACUGAAA